UCCUAUUGAAAGAAAGUUGAGUGUUAUAUUUUCAAGAAAGAAGUUGAUAACGAAAGGGAAAAUAAAAAUUUACUAAAAAAAAGAUAAUGGAUAACGUGAAGGUGGAAUCUCGCAUCGGAAAGCACUGCGCAAAAAGAGAAAAACAAAACAGUGCAUAAAUUGUUGUUCUUCGACUUCAAAACCCUAGUUUCCCGAUUCAAUUCGCGGCCAUAUACUGCAGAAAAUGGAUCAAUUAAACCACGGCGGCCUCUAUCAACCGAAUCAGCUUCCAAAUCAUUGUUUAACAGAGUUAAAUCAGCUUCCUUCUGAUGUUUCCAUGCCUCCCAAUGGCUUGCAUUCUGAAUCAAGCAGCAAACAAAAACCUGAAGCAGAACUCAAAGACUCUAUUGCUGCAAGAAAAGUGCAGAAGGCAGAUCGAGAAAAAUUAAGGAGGGACCGCUUGAACGAGCAAUUUUUGGAAUUAGGAAAGACCCUUGAUCCUGAGAGGCCUAAAAAUGACAAAGCAUCCAUCCUAAGUGAUACCGUUCAAAUGCUGAAGGAUUUGACUGCUCAGGUCAGCAGAUUAAAAUCUGAGUAUGCUGCACUUACUGAUGAAAGCCGUGAGUUGACCCAGGAGAAAAAUGAUCUCAGAGAAGAGAAGGCGUCUCUUAAAUCUGAUAUUGAGAGCCUUAAUGUCCAAUAUCAACAAAGAAUGAGGACUAUGUAUCCAUGGGCUGGGAUGGAUCAUUCUAUGGUCAUGCAUCCGCCUUCAUAUCCGUAUCCAAUGCCCGUUCCGGUUCCAACUGGACCAGUUCCAAUGCAUCCAUCUCUGCAGCCCUAUCCUUUCUUCGGCAAUCAUAAUCCUGCAGUUGUUCCAAACCCUUCAUCUUUCGUUCAAUACAUGACUCCCAAUACAUUGAUUGAACAGCAACCGACUCAGUAUAUGUCUCCAAUUAUACAACCAGGUAGUAUGACCAGACAAGAAUCCAGGAACAAGUCAUCAGAUCAAGGAGAGAGCAGAAUUGAGAAAAGUGAAGAUUCCAAUGAAGUGGCAACAGAUUUAGAGCUUAAGACACCUGGAUCUACAUCUGAGCAGGACCUUUCAUCUGGACAAAAGAAAUCCAGAAAGUUGCCAAGGAAGGAUAACAGCCUCACCGAUGGAAGUUCCUCAAGUAAAUGUUCAUCAUCCCAUAGUGUACAUGCUGUUUCUUCAAAUAGUGUAGUUAGGGGAACAAAGACGGGUGAUUGACGUUUGAAACCGAAUAGGAACCAGGUUAUUACCAUUUUAAUUACUUUUCCUUUCUAGCUUCUUCUGCUCCAUCUGUUGUAUAAAAAGGUUUACAGAUAGAGAGUCAGGGAGCUGUUGCUAAUGCAAUGGGUUUCGAAUUUGGAUAUUUCUCAUGUAUCCCUAACAGUUCUAAAGGGCCGUCACAUGGGAGACCAGAACUGUGUUCAUAUAAGAGAAAUAGUGAAUGAAAGGGAAAGCUAGCUUCCCUCCAUGAACUAAUGGUGAUACUUAGUGCCAUAACAUCCAUCGCCUCACAUACCUAAUCCUUAAACAUAUCUACAAAAUUGUAUCCCUUUGGGGUGUGAAUGUUUUGAUGAAUUAAGAAGGGUUAGUUUUGUUGUUAA